CGCGAAGCUUCGCAUAGCCGGCGGCGGCGAAUUGCCCCGGCGUCAGUCUGAACGGCCGCGCCGAACGCGCCACACGCACCAUGCUAUCAUUGCUAUUCCUCGCCGCAAUCGCCGCCGCGGCCGCGCAAAACGACACGCAAACCUCGCGCCCACCGUCGCCCAGGCGCGAACAGUUCCGUGUCAUCUACGAAUGGAACGUUAUAGACUUCGAAUGGCCCUCCCCGGGAGAUCGCGAAGCUUACCUAAGUACCAACCGAUAUAUACCCCAAAACGUACUAAUAUCUGGCAUAAACUUCUAUGGCGAAAACCUCUUCCUAACUGUGCCGAGGAUGAUGGACGGAGUACCGGCGACACUGGCUACCAUACCGGUGCAACAAAUCGACACAGCGCCGAAACUGAAACCAUUCCCGAGUUGGGAGGAUAACGUACUUGGAAACUGUUCCGCGCUACAGUUCGUGCAGAAUAUAGAAAUUGACAAGAACGGGGUCAUGUGGAUCCUGGACAACGGACGUGUUGGAACGCUUACGCAAAAACCUGAUCCUAAGUGCCCUCCUUCUUUAGUCCUAAUUGACCUGAAGUCCGGAAAAAAUGAAAUGGAACGCAUACCGUUCCCACCAGAAAUUUCUAAUAUGAAUACAACGUAUUUAAAUGAUAUUGUGGUGGACAAUCGUGAUGGUGAUUACGCCUACAUAACAGAUAACAGUGCCGUCGACCCAGGUAUCAUCGUGUUCCGCCGCAGUGACAAAAAGUCUUGGAAAGUUCGAGACACAAAAUCAAUGUCGUCAGUGCCUGAAGCAUCAGCGUUCCGUAUUAAUGGAACUAGUAUUAACCUUCCAGUAAACAUCGAUGGAAUCGCUCUAGGACCUCAAUUUUUUACAGCAGAUGAUAAAAUUGAUAGAACAGUAUACUACUGUCCUUUAUCGAGUUACCAUUUGUACGCAGUUAACGCUUCAGUUUUGAGAAACGAUUCUAUCGGAAGCACAGACGGGGCAAUCCGCCCUUACGUUGUUGAUCUCGGCACUAAAGCGUCACAAACGGAUGGUAUGAAGAUGGACUCGACCGGUGUACUUUUCUACGGUCUAAUUGGUAACUCGACCAUUGCGGAAUGGAAUACGACGGUCGAUUUCCACGUUGGCCAACGUACUAUCGCCCGCGAUCCAAACUACAUCCAGUGGGUUGAUCGUUUCACGUUCGACGAUCGUGGCAAUGUAUACGUCGUCGUCAAUAGACUGUAUAACUUCGUGAAAAACCAAGUUUCAACUAGCGAAGUUAACUACAGAAUUCUGAAAUCCCAUACGGGCACAAAGAGUUACGUGUACGCAGAAGAUCUGAAGCCAGCCGGUGUUCCUGGUGCCGCUGCAGCUCCAACCCUUGGCGCAUCGCUGCUGCUCUUGGCUCUCGCCCACCUGCUAGCUUAGUCCUUGUGAAAUUUCUCAGUCGAAUUUUGGCCGAGACCCUGAAAAAACAGUGUUAAAUACACACGCCCGGACUGACGCGUAACAUUACCAAAUAUUGAGUUACCUUUAACCUCUAAGGUCCCAGUGAUAUACGCAUGUAGAUAUAGCUUUAUAUAUUUUGAAUAAGUUUUUAAUUGUUAUGAGCGACUAUGUGACCUUUGUGUACCAUAAGCUAAGUUGCGGUUCUAGGAUGAGUCUCGUGUUCACCAGAUGUACGCUAAAGGUCGAGGACAUGUUGCCAAAUGCCGCACCUUUUAUCAACAAUAAACAUUCCAACUUUUAAGUAAGGUGCAUCAUCCGGCAUGGUUUAUAUUACGAGUAUUUUUAAUGUAAGACUAAAUUGAUUAUGAAAUCCAGUAAGAGUAGUAUUUUUAUCAAAAUUUUCAUAAAUAUCAAUUGGUGCUGUCUCAUUUGCAUCUACAAACUGAAACUCCCUCGCUGUGCCAUUUCUUUCAAUAACAAUGAAUCAUAAGGCAGCUAGUGCAAACACAAAAUUUAUCAAAUUAUGAAAAUCCUACUCAUACUGGUUACUUUAAAUAGAAACGAAAAUCGUCCAAAACUAAAAAUUUAUCUAAAUCACUUAAUAUAAAUUUGCUAAAUUACCUAUAAUUUAACUUAAAUAGUAAUAUACAAUAUUAUAACUAAAUUGUAUGUUUGUAGUAUGAACGUGACUGAAUGAUUUUAAAUAAAUGUGUUUAUCGUACUUUUGU